UAUUGUGAGACCCAAGACCCAACAAAUUUUCACUUUUAUAAGCAUUAACGCAAAAUUAAGCAGUAAUUUGUUUCAAUUCAUGUCGGACAUACGUAAGUGCUUUUCACAUUCAAAAGCAUAGUUUCUCAGUGUUGGCCGACAUGGGGACCAACACAGGCCAUGUCAUGACGCUAGCCAACAGUAUCAUUGGCGUAAGCGUGUUGGCAAUGCCAUUUUGUUUCAAACAGUGUGGUAUUAUCCUGGCCACUCUAAUGUUGAUUCUCAGUAGCAUCAUGACUCGUCUAGCCUGCUAUUACCUGAUAAAGUCGGCAAUUCUGGCCAGAAGAAGGAACUUUGAAUUUUUAGCUUUCCACAUAUUCGGCCCGCCUGGCAAACUAACUGUGGAACUGAGCAUCAUCGGGUUCAUGCUCGGAACGUGUGUAGCAUUCUUCGUGGUGGUUGGAGAUCUCGGCCCGGCUAUUCUCGGACCAAUACUCGGAAUUGAGAAUCCACAAUCCAUUCGAGCAACUGUACUCAUUGGUAUCGCUGUGUUUGUGGUUCUCCCCUUGGGACUUUUACGCAACGUUGACAGUUUGUCAGCCAUCAGUGCUGCCACUAUUGCAUUCUACAUCUGCCUGGUGCUCAAGGUGAUGGGAGAAGCAACCACACACCUCGUAGCCUGGGACUGGGUGGAUCAUGUGUACCUGUGGAGACCAGCCGGACUACUACAAUGCAUCCCUAUUUUCUCCAUGGCACUAUCUUGUCAAACGCAGCUGUUUGAAAUAUUUGAGUCCAUCCCUAACGGAACACUCGACAAGAUGACAGUUAUCGUUCGCUCGGCAGUCAACCUCUGUACGCUGAUGUACGUAGCAAUGGGGUGCUUUGGCUACAUUGCUUUCUGCACACAACCCUUCUCUGGUAACUUGAUGCUCUCCUUCUCUCCCACCCCUACAAGUGAAGUGAUCAAGAUGGGUUUUGUGUUGAGCGUCGCAGUCAGUUUCCCACUCGUUAUCUUCCCCUGUCGUGCGAGCCUUCACUCUCUGCUGUUCAGAAGGGGUAUUCCUCCCCACCACGAACUCCUGUCCGUCAGCAACCACAUGCCGGAGCUGAGGUUCAAGUGCAUUACAAUAGUCAUAGUGGCCAUUGCUCUCGUAUCCGGUCUUCUCAUUCCCAACAUAGAACUGGUCCUGGGAUUGGUCGGAUCAACCAUCGGAGUACUCAUCUGCGUCAUCAUCCCCGCCACGUUCUUUCUGUGCCUCACCACCAAGAAUAAUAACGAACGGCUUCUUGCUCAGAUAUUGUUCGUGACGGGACUAAUGAUCAUGGUGCUCGGCUCGUACGCCAACUUGUACGCAACAGAGCAAGCCAUCUCCAACAACGAGCCUCCGUCUGCGCCCAAGCUGGUCCAGCUGAAACCUCCGGAGAUGCCUUCUGUCAACGUCCUUCCACCGGAUACCAAGUCUCAGAUUAAGAUGAAAGAUGACACAUUGAAAAACAUCCAAAACGUGGAGCAACUCGCAGCAGCUCUUCCAAAACUUCAGAAAGAUAAUCCUGCUCCUUCAAUAGAGAAAAUAGAGGAGAAACAGGAUGUGAGAAAAGAACCACCAGUUCCAGAAGCUCCAGAGGUGAAAGUCGUCAGUGAAGGUCCUCCUGAAGUGAAAGUUGCGGAAGCUCAAGUUCCAGCAGUGCAGGAAGUGAAGAAGUUAGAACCUCCUGCCGAGAUUGAGAAAACUGUGCCCAAGAAAGAAGAAAGCAUACACAACGAUGCUUUCAAGAAAGAAGAUGAUGAAAUAAAAGAGGUGCAGAAACAAGAAAUAUUAAAGAAGAAGGAAGAACUGAUUGAAAAGCUGGAAGAAAACGAGGAAAAGCAAAAGAAACUUCUUGAGGAGCAGAAGAAAAUACUGCAGGACAUAAAACUUGAAAAAGAAAAACUAGUUGGAGAAAAUAAACAACUUGAGAAUAUUGAAAAAGGAAAAGAGAUUGAGAAGAAUCAAGUCAAAAGUCAUUUGACGAAUGAAGUAAUUGACGAGAAGAAAGAAGCUCCGAUUGUCAUUGUGAAAAAGGUGCCAGAAAUUGCUGAAAUCAAAAACACUCUUGAAGCUGUAGAGCCUAAGAUCGUCAAAAAAAUUGAACAGGAAUUGAAGGAACCUAUAAAGUUAAUCAAGGACGACGUUGUGAAAAAGAAUAUGGCUGAUGGACUACCACUUCCACUUGCGGUUCAACAUAUAGUGCCAGCAUUGAAACCUGCCAAGAUUGUAGACAAUAAUCUCAUAAACCCUGAUGAGGGAAAUCCUGACUCUAAGGUGCUGCGGAGGGAAAUAUUGGGAAACAGCCAAGUCAGAGAACAAAGAGAGAAAAGAGACGUCAUUGAAGUUUCUGACAUUGACUUGAAAGAGGAGGGUGGAAUAAAAAUUGAUAAUACUAUCCCAACCACUUCAGUUAAAAAUCUUGAGAAGAAAACCCCUGGAAGUUUGGUACAACCAAGUAACUCUGUGAUUAUUGGUCAUGUUCAAGUUAAACCGGUUGUAAUUGAGUUAAUCCCACCUAAAUCUGAGGUUAUUUCUGGAAAAGACAUUGAGAAAGGAAAUGAUAGCUGGAUAUUAGGAAAGGAUGUCAAAAUAAUUGCUUCAACUAAUGAAGUAAAAGAUGCGGUUAAGGAUCAAGGAAAUGAAAUACAAUCAAAGGAGUUAAAAGAGGUCAUGGAAGAAUGUCAAGAUAAAAAGAAACCUGCCAUGAAGUUCACUGAUGAGCUAAAACCUUUGGAUUUUCAGAAAUUUGACAAGGAAACAAAAGACUUAGUCAACCCGUCAGCAGAAAAAGAAGUCUUGAAUGUUAAUGGUGAAGAAAAGGAUUUGAAGCUUCUGAAUGUCAAUAAAGAAGAAACAACAGAAUCUAUAAUAAAAUUCCCAGCAUUUCUGUCCAAUCCAAAUUUGGUCCUGCCAUCGGAUAAAUUGGAAAAUGCUGUUUUGGAAAACAAUGCCAUCAACAACGCGGCCAAACCAAUGAAGAGGGAUUUAAAAUCUCUUGAUCUGACAGAAAAUCAAAAUUCUAAGGAAGGAGAAGCGUAAUGAUUUCUGUAACUACAUUGUUACCCAAGUAUUGUAGUGGCUGUGGAAGAACUCAACGGGGUAUUUUACCACUUUACCAAAGAGGUAUUGUUUCCUAGACUACUAUGAAAUCCGACCAUAAACUAUUUUUUAACAAAACCUAUUCAAUAUAAAAACUUGGAAAACCUCAAUGAAAAUGGUGUUAUAAAAGUAUAUUUUUCUAUUUGUAUUAUGUUAAGAAAAAUGUGAGUACAAUAAUUACAUUAGCAGAUAUUUAAAAGAAAAUGUGUAAAAUGUCUGACUAGGCUAACAGAAACUGUUCAACGAUUAUUUAUAGUUUAGUGUUGUCAAAACUAUAUGUUUUGUGAUGGUGCUAAGGUAUUUGGAAUGGUUGUGAAUGUAAUUUAUCUUAAAAUUGUAUAAUUGCAUUUAAUUGUUAUUUGUAAAUACUAUUUCAUAAUAAUUAUUUAUUCAAUUUCCGAUGUAUUAUAGUUGUUUUUUUUUCUGUAAAGGCCAAGUAGAAAUAAGCUAGUUUAAGCUCAUGACAAAUGAAUUAUUUCCUUAUGUAACUUUGUUCGUUUCAAUCAAACUCCCCCAAUUAAAUGGAUACAUUGUGUAUACUUUUUCUUUGGAUAAUUUUUGUUGUAUAUCAUGAUUUGUGUUUCUUUGUUUCACUUAACAUGUUUAAAGUUUUUAUUUUUUAUUUAUUUGAAAACA